AGAUGUAGAUUCUCAAUUUACCUUAAUCUAAAUCGCUAAGCCAGAGUUCAAGAGGUUGCUUUAUCUGUUGUAAAUAUGGCUUUCUCAAAAUUGGGGAUUUUUUUAGAAGUUGUCUUUUUUCUUCAAAUUAUUUGUUAUCAGUGUUAGCAAAAACCUCCCGUAGCGACCGGCGAAAUCCUCAGUUCACCUUAACCUUCCAUAGAGAGACAACCAUGGCGUUCCGAACGGUGCUGUUAAUUGUGUUGGUCGGUUUAAUUUCUGUAUCGACGGCCCAGGAUAGUGACGAAAGCGACUCCUCGGUAGAUUAUGAGGAGUUGGCGAAAUAUCUAGACCUGCUCGAGCCCAGCUGCCUGAGGCUGACCGGAUCUAACAAAACCUACGAACAGUUGGUUAUCAACAGUGUUUACGUGCCUCUUUACCUUUCCUCCAAACUUGACGUGGCGGACUUUCAACGAGAUCUGAAAACCUUGGACGAAUCAAACAGAGAAAAGUUCUUCCCCAAGUAUUGUCGCCAGUUGCUUAGAUCUCUUAGUGUUCUAGAGCCGGUGACUACAGAGCUUCGGAAAUGCCUGGAUCCAGAAGAGGUCGAACUCUUGGACCUUCUCAUUGAUAUGCUGCCGGAAGCGAUCAACCUUGCCUGCAAGGACAACGGACAGAUCUUCUUUAUGGACGAUUCCAACAAGUGCUUGGAUAAAUUUACUGGUUACGUGAAAAAGUGCGCAGCCAAAGUCUCGAAAACGACCGAAGCGGUAGACCUGUCCAACUACGGUCGGCAGCAGUGCAAAGAGCUGGCCGAGGUUCGGGAGUGCUUCGAGCAGAAGACGGCUGGCUGCAAAGGGCCAAGAUUGAUGGAAGAUUGA